CUGCGGACUAUGGGUACAACGGCCAGUACAGCCCAGCAGACCGUGUCGGCAGGCACUCCCUUCGAGAGUCUCCAGGGUGGUGGCACGAUGGAUGGGAGGCAGUCUCUCAGCACCCACUCCUCCCAGACUACCAGCUUGCAUAACAGCAAGGCCAAGUCCAUCAUCCCCAACAAGGUGGCCCCUGUUGUGAUCACGUACAAUUGUAAGGAGGAGUUCCAGAUCCACGAUGAGCUGCUCAAGGCUCACUAUACACUGGGCCGACUCUCAGACACUACCCCAGAGCACUACCUGGUGCAGGGCCGCUACUUCAUGGUGCAGGAUGUGGCCAAGAAGAAGGACGUGCUGGGCACUGUGGGCAACUGGGGGGCUCCUAACUUCCGGCAGGUUCGGGGUGGGCUUCCUGUGUUUGGCAUGGGACAGCCCAGUCUCUUGGGCUUCCGACAGGUUCUCCAGACACUGCAGAAGGACGGGCACAGGGAGUGCCUCGUCCUGUGUCUGCGGGAGGAACCUGUGCUGUUUCUGCGAGCUGGAGAGGACUUCUUGCCUUACACCCCUCGCGACAAACAGAACCUUCUUGACAACCUGCGGGACCUGGGACCUGGCAUCCGGGCAGAGAGCUUGGAACUUUCCAUCCGGAAAGAGAUUCUUGACUUUGCCCAGCUGAGUGAAAACACAUACCAUGUGUACCACAACCCCGAGGACCUGCGGGGGGAGCCCCAUGCCGUGGCCAUCCGAGGUGAAGAUGACGUGCACGUGACAGAAGAGGUGUACAAGCGACCCCUCUUCCUGCAACCCACCUAUAGGUACCACCGCCUGCCUCUGCCAGAGCAAGGGGCGCCCCUAGAAGCCCAGUUUGAUGCCUUUGUCAGUGUCGUCCGGGAGACCCCCAGUUUGCUGCUUCUCUGUGGUGCUCCGGGGCCUCCCCCUGCCCUCCUCUUUAACUGCCAGACAGGCGUGGGCAGGACCAACCUGGGCAUGGUCCUGGGCACCCUCCUCCUGUUUCACCGCAGCGGGUUUGCCUCGCGGCCAGAGGCUGUCCCCCUGCAUACCAAGCCACCACCUGUGGAGCAGUUCCAGGUGAUCCAGAACUUUCUCCACACAGUGCCCCAGGGAAGAAAGAUGGUGGAGGAGGUGGACAGAGCCAUUACGUCCUGUGCCGAGUUACAUGACAUGAAGGAACUGAUUUUGGAAAACCAGAAGAAACUGGAAAGUGCCCGGCAGGGGAGCCCAGCCCAGGGAAGCGGCAGCCAGCACAGCCUCCAGCAGAGGGCGCUGCUGAGCCUGGAGCGAUAUUUCUACCUGAUCCUAUUUAACUAUUAUCUCCAUGAGCAGUACCGGCUGGCCUUUGCCCUUAGUUUCAGCCGCUGGCUGUGUGCCCACUCGGAGCUGUACCGCCUGCCCCUGACACUGAGCUCAGUGGGACCUCUGGCCCCCGAGGACCUCAUUGCCAAAGGCUCCCUGAGGGUGGACGAUCUUGUCUCCCCGGACAAGCUCAGCACCGUUAGAGAGAUGGACGUGGCCAACUUCCGGCGGGUGCCCCGCAUACCCAUCUAUGGCACAGCCCAACCCAGCACCAAGGCACUGGGGGGCAUCCUGGCCUACCUGACUGAUGCCAAGAGGAAGUUACGGCAAGUCGUGUGGGUCAACCUGAGAGAGGAGGCCGUGCUGGAGUGUGAUGGGCAGACUCACAGCCUGUGGUGGCCCGGACCCCCCAUGGCCCCAGGCCAGCUGGAGGAUGUGGAGACCCAGCUGAAGGCCCACCUGAGUGGGGCUCCUCAGGGCGCACAGGCCGCGAGGACGCACAGGUUCCAGACGUGCCUUACCAUGCAGGAGGUUUUUAACCAACACCACAAGGCCUACCCCGGCCUCACCUCCCACCGCAUCCCCAUCCCAGACUUCUGUGCCCCCCGCGAGGAGGACUUUGACCGGCUGCUUGAGACCCUGCAGUCUGCCCUCACCAAGGACCCGGGCACCGGCUUUGUGUUCAGCUGCCUCAGCGGCCAGGGCCGGACCACGACUGCGAUGGUGGUGGCUGUGCUGGCCUUCUGGCACAUCCGGGGCUUUCCAGAGAUGGGUGAGGAGGAACUGGUCAGCGUGCCUGAUGCCAAGUUCACCAAGGGCGAGUUUGAGGUGGUGCUGAAGGCCGUGCAGCUACUGCCUGAUGGGUACCAAGUGAAGAAGGAGGUGGACGCAGCGCUGGACACAGUCAGUGACACCAUGACACCCAUGCACUACCACCUGCGGGAACUCAUCAUCUGCACCUACCGUCAGGUAAAGGCCGCCAAAGAGGAGCAGGUGGCCCGGCGGCUGCAGCUGAGGAGUCUGCAGUACCUGGAGCGUUACAUCUACCUGAUUCUCUUCAACGCUUACCUCCACCUGGAGAAGGCUGCCUCCUGGCAGAGGCCUUUCAGUGCCUGGAUGCGGGAGGUGGCGUCCAAGGCUGGCAUCUAUGAGAUCCUCAACCAGCUGGGCUUCCCUGAGUUGGAGGACACAGAGGGUCAGCCCUUGUCUCGGCUCCGAUACCGGUGGCAGGAAUGGAGCCGAAGCCCUGAGCCCCCUACUGAGGACUCCCUGUAG